AUGGACGUUCUUUUUGCUGAAAGACGGUGCUAUGACAAAUGUUACCACUCUGGACCGAAUCUGUCCGAUGGUGGAUUGCCAGUAGAUCCCCUCAAAGCUGUUCAUCAAGUACAGAUAUGGCCCGCUGCUUCUCGAGAGUCCCUCUUCGUAUCCCAUAUUCGUCGAGUCGAUGAGUUGAAGAGUAGUGAUGCUCAUGAUCUUUAUAUUGUCUGCAACAAAGACGUAACAAGGGCGGAUGUGCCAGUCACAUCGUCAUCUGGUAUCCGGGUUGGUCUAACGGUUUCCAUGAUUUUUGGAGAACUGUGA